CACUGUGAAUCGUUUUAUGAUCAUUACAACACUUAACAACCAUCGAGUUACAUCAAAUAAACUAAAAUCACUAUCGGGCUUUAACAACUACCAUGAUAGUUUGUUAUUAGAACAACAACAUCAAACAGUAUUGGAACUACUUAUCCAUACAAGUUUCAUCACCAUUUCAUCCUAAGGAUGUAUGGACAAGUGUGGGCAGCUUUUACCCUGGUGGUUGCAGGAGCUGUGCUGCAGAUUACGUCGGCGCAAGAUGCUACCACUACAGAUUUCAGAGAAGGAAAAGAACUCAUUUUAAGUAUUUCUGAUGACUCUAAAACACAAUAUUUGAAUCAAGAUUUUGAAACGAACGCUUAUAAUUAUGGUUAUGAAAUUGGACCAGAUGGCCAGUUUCAUCAUGAAAUACACGGUGAAGAUGGAGUAACAUAUGGAUGUUAUGGAUACGUGGAUCCGUUUGGAGAACUCAAAGCGACUUUUUAUAUAAGCGAUGGAUGGGGUUAUAGGGUUGUGCGCCCAGGAGAGGAUAUUGAAUUAUUCCUACAUGAACAUGAACAUCAUCAUGGCAAUUCAGAUUCUAACGGUCACGAUCACGAUCACGACGAUAACCACAGUGAAAGUGAUCACCACGAACAUCAUGGAAUUAUCACCCCUUGGAGAAAUUUGAAAUUCCCAAAAGAUUGUCGUCAAUUUGAAAACAUCGGUGUCAUACGACCGACACGACCAUCGAUUCCAUCUAAACCAGUUCCUGGAGUACCAGAUAAUGGAAUACCAUCUGAGACAAAUAAUAUUCCAGGAUCUUCAUAUCCUGGGCAACCUGGUGGAGUACCAUCAGGACCCGAAUAUCCUAACGGACAAUACCCAGACCAAACUGGAGGAGGUUCAAACUCCAAACCUGACAGUGAAAAUUAUCCAUCUGGACCAAACUAUCCCAGUCAACCAGGUUAUCCAGGCCAACCAGGAUCGCCCGGUAAACCAGGAUAUCCAGGUCAAUCAGGAUCUCCCGGUAAACCAGGAUCUCCCGGUAAACCAGGAUAUCCAGGUCAACCAGGCUAUCCCAGUCAACCAGGUUAUCCAAGUCAACCGGGAUCUCCUGGCCAACCAGGAUCUCCAGGACAAUCAGGAUCUCCCGGUAAACCAGGAUAUCCAGAUCAACCAGGCUACCCUAAUCAACCAGGGUAUCCAGGUCAACCAGGCUAUCCCAAUCAACCAAGUUAUCCAGGUCAACCGGGAUCUCCUGGCCAACCAGGAUCUCCAGGUCAAGCAGGAUCCCCCGGUAAACCAGGAUUUCCUGGUAAGCCAGGGUCUCCCGGAAAACCAGGCUAUCCCAGUCAACCAGGUUAUCCAGGUCAACCGGGAUCUCCUGGCCAACCAGGAUCUCCAGGUCAAUCAGGAUCCCCUGGUAAACCAGGAUCCCCCGGUAAACCAGGAUCUCCUGGUAAGCCAGGGUCUCCCGGAAAACCAGGAUAUCCAGAUCAACCAGGCUACCCUAGUCAACCAGGGUAUCCAGGUCAACCAGGCUAUCCCAGUCAACCAGGUUAUCCAGGUCAACCGGGCUAUCCCAGUCAACCAGGAUCGCCCGGUAAACCAGGAUAUCCAGGUCAAUCAGGAUCUCCCGGUAAACCAGGAUCUCCAGGUCAAUCAGGAUCUCCCGGUAAACCAGGAUCUCCCGGUAAACCAGGAUCUCCCGGUAAACCAGGAUCUGCUGGUAAGCCAGGGUCUUCCGGACAACCAGGCUAUCCCAGUCAACCAGGUUAUCCAGGUCAACCGGGCUAUCCCAGUCAACCAGGUUAUCCCAGUCAACCAGGUUAUCCAGGUCAACCGGGAUCUCCUGGCCAACCAGGAUCUCCAGGUCAAUCAGGAUCCCCCGGUAAACCAGGAUCUCCUGGUAAGCCAGGGUCUUCCGGAAAACCAGGCUAUCCCAGUCAACCAGGUUAUCCAGGUCAACCGGGAUCUCCUGGCCAACCAGGAUCUCCAGGACAAUCAGGAUCUCCCGGUAAACCAGGAUCUCCUGGUAAGCCAGUGUCUCCCGGAAAACCAGGAUAUCCAGAUCAACCAGGCUACCCUAGUCAACCAGGGUAUCCAGAUCAACCAGGCUAUCCCAGUCAACCAGGUUAUCCAGGUCAACCGGGAUCUCCUGGCCAACCAGGAUCUCCAGGUCAAUCAGGCUACCCUAGUCAACCAGGCUAUCCCAGUCAACCAGGUUAUCCAGGUCAACCGGGAUCCCCUGGCCAACCAGGAUCUCCCGGUAAACCAGGAUCUCCUGGUAAGCCAGGGUCUCCCGGAAAACCAGGAUAUCCAGAUCAACCAGGCUACCCUAGUCAACCAGGGUAUCCAGGUCAACCAGGCUAUCCCAGUCAACCAGGUUAUCCAGGUCAACCGGGAUCUCCUGGCCAACCAGGAUCUCCAGGUCAAUCAGGCUACCCUAGUCAACCAGGAUCUCCCGGUCAACCAGGAUCUCCAGGUCAACCGGGAUCUCCCGGCCAACCAGGAUCUCCAGGUCAACCGAGUUAUCCUAGUCAACCAGGUUAUCCAGGUCAACCGGGAUCUCCCAGCCAACCAGGAUCUCCAGGUCAAUCAGGAUCCCCCGGUAAACCAGGAUCUCCUGGUAAGCCAGGGUCCCCCGGAAAACCAGGCUACCCUAGUCAACCAGGGUAUCCAGGUCAACCAGGCUAUCCCAGUCAACCAGGUUAUCCAAGUCAACCGGGAUCUCCCGGUCAACCAGGAUCUCCAGGUCAACCGGGAUCUCCCGGCCAACCAGGAUCUCCUGGUAAGCCAGGGUCUCCCGGAAAACCAGGCUACCCUAGUCAACCAGGGUAUCCAGGUCAACCAGGCUAUCCCAGUCAACCAGGUUAUCCAAGUCAACCGGGAUCUCCCGGUCAACCAGGAUCUCCAGGUCAACCGGGAUCUCCCGGCCAACCAGGAUCUCCUGGUAAGCCAGGGUCUCCAGGUCAACCGAGUUAUCCCAGUCAACCAGGUUAUCCAGGUCAACCGGGAUCUCCCGGCCAACCAGGAUCUCCAGGUCAUUCAGGAUCUCCCGGUAAUCCAGGAUAUCCAGAUCAACCAGGUUACCCUAGUCAACCAGGGUAUCCAGGUCAAUCAGGCUAUCCCAGUCAACCAGGGUAUCCAGGUCAACCAGGCUAUCCCAGUCAACCGGGACCUCCCGGUCAACCAGGAUCUCCAGGCCAACCGGGAUCUCCCGGCCAACCAGGAUCUCCAGGUCAACCGGGAUCUCCCGGCCAACCAGGAUCUCCAGGUCAACCGAGCUAUCCCAGUCAACCAGGAUAUCCAGAUCAACCAGGGUAUCCAGGUCAAUCAGGCUAUCCCAGUCAACCAGGGUAUCCAGGUCAACCAGGCUAUCCCAGUCAACCAGGUUAUCCAAGUCAACCGGGACCUCCCGGUCAACCAGGAUCUCCAGGCCAACCGGGAUCUCCCGGCCAACCAGGAUCUCCAGGUCAACCGGGAUCUCCCGGCCAACCAGGAUCUCCAGGUCAACCGAGCUAUCCCAGUCAACCAGGUUAUCCAGGUCAACCGGGAUCUCCCGGUAAACCAGGAUCUCCUGGUAAGCCAGGGUCUUCUGCUAAACCAGGAUAUCCCAAUCGACCAGGUUAUCCAAGCCAACCAGGCUAUCCAAACCAACCAAAUUAUCCUGGACAAAAACCCGAUGGGAACGAAAAUCCUUCGACGACAAAUCCGAUUCCUGAAAAACCUGGAACGUCACAUCGUCCACCACAUAAUAAACCAGGAGCAACGAAACCUGAAAGGCCACCACAUUCGAAACCUGGAAAACCUGGUAAACCUAACAAACCAGUGGGUGGUCAAGAAAAACCAUCUAACGACAAUAAGAAGCCUCCAUAUGGACAAGAGAAGCCAAUCCAUGAAAAACCGUCACAUGGGCAUAAACCAGGGCAUGGAAAACCACCACAUGGACAUGGUACCCCGGGUAAACCUGGAUAUCCCACAACAGAUCAACCAUCGUAUCCAUCGCAACCACAAUACCCCUCGGCGCCUGUGUUUCCAACACCAAUAAAACCUGAAGCGCCACCUCAACAACCGAGUCAAACUGGAUCUCCAACAUCUGGAAAUCCUUUAUAUCCAACUCAAACACAAUAUCCAUCAGGUCCAGGAAAUAAGCCAUAUCCAUCACAACCAGGGCAACAACAGUUUCCUUCAGAACAUGAGAUUCCAGCACACGAGCAUAAUAAACCGGGACACGAAGAAGUACCAUCUUAUCCGUCGUCACCAGAAUAUCCCAAGCCAAUAAAACCUGGAGGCUCGAGUCAAGCACCACCUUCAAGUGGAUUAGUACCCUCAGAUGGACCCUCAUAUCCUUCUCAGCCACAAUUUCCUUCGGGUCCGGGAAGUGGAUAUCCUUCUAACCAAGAACAGCCUGGAAGUGGAUUAUAUCCUUCAAAGCCUCAACCUCCCUACCAGAAACCUGGCACGCCUCAAACUGGAUCGAAACCGUCGAGUGGAUCCUCGUAUCCAUCUCAACCGCAAUCACCGACGGGACCAGGAAAUGGAUAUCCAUCCAAUCAAGGCCAGCAUGGAGGUGGAUCGUAUCCUUCACAGCCGCACCCUCCCUACCAGAAACCCGGCACAUCGCAAACUGGGUCAAUACCAUCAAGUGGACCCUCAUAUCCAACUCCACCACAGUAUCCUUCGGGAAGUGGAUAUCCAUCCAAUCAAGGUCAGCAUGGAGGUGGAUCAUAUCCUUCACAGCCGCAACCUCCCUAUCAGAAACCCGGCACAUCACAAACUGGGUCAAUACCAUCAAGUGGACCCUCAUAUCCAUCUCAAUCACAGCAUCCUUCGGGAAGUGGACAUCCCUCUAAUCAAGGCCAGCAUGGAGGUGGAUCGUAUCCUUCACAGCCUCAACCUCCAUAUCAGAAACCUGGCACGCCUCAAACUGGAUCAAAACCAUCAAGUGGGCCCUCAUAUCCGUCUCAACCACAGCAUCCUUCGGGAAGUGGACAUCCUUCUAAUCAAGGCCAGCAUGGAGGUGGAUCGUAUCCUUCACAGCCUCAACCUCCAUAUCAGAAACCUGGCACAUCGCAAACUGGGUCAAUACCAUCAAGUGGACCCUCAUAUCCAACUCCACCACAGCAUCCUUCGGGAAGUGGAUAUCCAUCCAAUCAAGGUCAGCAUGGAGGUGGAUCAUAUCCUUCACAGCCGCAACCUCCCUAUCAGAAACCCGGCACAUCACAAACUGGGUCAAUACCAUCAAGUGGACCCUCAUAUCCAACUCCACCACAGCAUCCUUCGGGAAGUGGAUAUCCAUCCAAUCAAGGUCAGCAUGGAGGUGGAUCAUAUCCUUCACAGCCGCAACCUCCCUAUCAGAAACCCGGCACAUCACAAACUGGGUCAAUACCAUCAAGUGGACCCUCAUAUCCAUCUCAACCACAGCAUCCUUCGGGAAGUGGACAUCCCUCUAAUCAAGGCCAGCAUGGAGGUGGAUCGUAUCCUUCACAGCCGCAACCUCCCUACCAGAAACCCGGCACAUCACAAGCUGGAUCAAUACCAUCUGUGGGACCUUCUUAUCCAACCCAACCACAAUAUCCAUCCGGUGCAGGAAAUAAGCCAUAUCCACCACAACCGGGGCAACAACAGUUUCCUUCAGAACAUGAGAUUCCAGCACACGAGCAUAAUAAACCGGGGCAUGAACAAGUCCCAUCUUAUCCAUCGUCGCCAGAAUAUCCUAAGCCAAUAAAACCUGGCGGCUCGAGUCAAGCACCACCUUCAAGUGGAUUAGUACCCUCGGGUGGACCCUCAUAUCCUUCUCAACCACAAUUUCCUUCGGGUUCGGGAAGUGGAUAUCCCUCUAAUCAAGGCCAGCAUGGAGGUGGAUCAUAUCCGUCCCAACCACAAUAUCCUUCGGGUCCAGGAAGUGGAUAUCCUUCCAAUCAAGGCCAGCAUGGAGGUGGAUCAUAUCCGUCUCAACCACAGCAUCCUUCGGGAAGUGGAUAUCCUUCCAACCAAGGACAGCACGGAGGUGGAUCAUAUCCCUCAAAGCCUCAACCACCGUACCAGAAACCUGGCACGUCUCAAACUGGCUCAAUACCAUCAGGAGAUAAUAAUGGACAUCCUGGAGUUGGAUCUCACCCCUCAACGUCGAAACCGCACCAUCCACAUCAUAAACCUACUCAUGGCCAUGGAAAGCCACCGCAUGCACAGAGACCAUCACAUCCACCUCAAAAGCCAUUAAAACCCCAAAGUCCAACUCAUGCUCCUCCCCAAAGUGGAUCACUACCAUCUACUAAGCCUCCACAUAAUGUACGACCAGGACAUGUUCCGUCCACCUCAAAACCUGGUAAGCCGUCUGUACCAGUAUUAAUGCCAGGACGCCCAACAACGUCAAAACCUUCUAAGCCAUCGCAUCCACCCUCUACUGGCCAUCCAUCGUCUCCGAAUACUGAUAAUUUUGGACAAGGUGGCCAAGUCCCAAUAUAUCCAACUAGACCGACUCUUCCUUCAUCAGGAUAUCCUGGUACUUCAAACUAUCCAGGAAGUUCAGGUUCAGGUUAUCCAGGAACAGAUUCCAAUUCUGGUUAUCCAACGAAUUCACAACAACCUGGCAACGGAGUUCCAUCAUACCCUGGAUAUCCAGAUCCUGAUGAUCCUAAUUACCCUGGCUUUCCUCCGGCACCAACAGGUCCUGUCGGACCUACUGGACCAACAGGUACUUUCCCCGGUGCACCUAAUGGCCCAGAAGGACCAGGAGGGCCAGGAGGUCCAGGUGGUCCGAUUGGUGGAACAGGGCCAGUAGGAGGAGUAGGAGGUAUUGGUGGAGUCGGUGGAGUGGGAGGUACUGGACCAGCUGGUCCUGAUGGCCCUUGGCCUACAGGAGAUCCAGGACCUGAUGGUCCAUGGCCAGGAGAUCCAGCAUAUGGUAAGCAACCAAGAACGAACCAAAACUAUCAAAAUACAUACUCUGAUGAAGAAUCUUCAAUAGACUCUGAACCAGAACUUUACGAAAAAUCUUUAGAAUUUUCCUCUUUGAAACAAAAGCUUGAUGAUCAAGGUUACAACUAUGAAAAACCUAAGCAUUCUUUUAACGAUCAUCUUCAACCUGCUCCAUUUUCUUUAUCCGAAAAUUCACCUUAUCCACUAGAUGACUCUAACAACAAAUACAUCGAAAAACAAAACGAAAAUAGCCAAUUCGAGUCACUUGAACGCUCAAUGCCAUCAGACAUAACAGCUGAUGACUUACCACUAAUCAAUCAACAGGAACAACAACAACCACUCGAACGUAAAAUUACUAAAAAUUUUAAAAAAUCAGGACGCAGUGAGUUAUCAUCUGAAGAUCGAGAAUCAUACAAUCCAGACUCCGAAUUUGCCUACCAUGUAUCAAAGUACAAUGAAAAAUUUCAAAAAUUAUCAAAACAAUCUCAAGAUGAAAACAAUGCGGAUUUAGAACUUCCAAAUGAAAAUGGACCAGCAGUUGAAUUGGAAAAAAUAAUUAAGAAUAAACAAUCAUAUCCAUCGAGUAAUGUGGAACAAGAGUCGAGAGCAAAACAAACUGAAAAUAGCAUAGAGUCGCCCGGACCAGUUCGUAUUAAGCCAAUUUCACUACCUGUUGGUCCAAAUCCCGAAAUGUGUCCUUGUUAUAUAGUUGAAUCAAAAAAUUCAACAGAUUUGACAACAACUACACCAGCACCAGUUUUCGAUCCAUCAAAUGACACUCCAAUUUAUGGACAACUCGGAUUUAUUCCAGUUAUAUUCGUGCCUUACUGUCCAGGCGAUGAGAGCAAGACAGAAAGUAUGACAAAAGCCAUGUUCCCCUCGGCAACUCCAGUUCCCUACCCCUGUAGUAUUUGCAGUGGCAAGGAGUCCGGAUUCAUCGGUGGGAAAAUUCUAGACCUAAGUCAACUAAGUAACAUCAAAGCCAUCAAACACGUCAUCAGUGAAGCGAAUUUCGGCUUAUUAAACAUUCCUGUCAAUACUAUUAGCGAUCGUUACUCUCGACGACACACUAAACAAAAAAAAAACUCUGACAUCAAUUAAAUCAACCGCAUACACAAAAUACGUGGACAACAAUAAAUGGAUAAAAUCUAAUUAACAACACCAGGUAACUGUCUAAAUCUAAAUGGAUGCACCCACAUGAUUUGUAGACCGCUAAAACGGUUAACAAGUAAACUUGGUUAAAUUAAUUGUCUGACUGACACUUGAAUUCCAUCAGACCCAUCAAACAAUACCGAGAGCAUGAGUUGAAGCUUUCACUCCAAUUACUCUCUUCGUCUCUCUGAUGUUCCUUUGACAUAUAUUCUAAAACUCUUGACACACUAUUAUGUGUCAGUUAAGGUACUGUUAUUCUCCGGAGGACUUGUAACUUUAUAGUUUCAGACGCCAAUGAAUGAGGAUUGGAAGUAUUGAUAUAAUCGAUAUCUUAAUACAAAAUUAUCUGCUACUCAACUCAUGUUCUACCAUGUUUAUAUUUUGUUAUCACAAGGACGUUGAUUUAACAAUAAUAAUAAUAAUACUUUAUUCUAGUUUUGAUAAAUAUACUAAAUUUAAUAUUAAUUUCAAUGUAACUAUGUCCUUAUGAUUUCAAAAUAUCGAAUCAAGCCAGAUCGUAUAAAUAAAGAAAAAAAUAAUAAUAUACAUUCUGGCUUAGAAUAAACCUAGUUUUAGUUACCAUAUUUUCCAUACUUGAGAUUACUAAUUAUAAGAUUGCGUUUAUAAACAUAAUGUUACGUAUUAUAAUAAUUAAUUGAUUAAUUAAAGCUUUUUAUUUAAGAAAAAAAAAAGCUACUUAUUUGUAUAUAUUAAUCAUGUACUUAAUAAUAAUAAAUUUUUUAAAAGUAUUUCUUACUUCGAGUGUAUGGAAAAAAGUAAAAAUAAAAUUAUACGAUAAUUUUAACGAAUAAUAAUAUAUUUGUAAAAAGUAUAUAAAUUUGUAUGUUUUUUCAAUUAUACAUCAGAGUAAAAAAUUAAAAUGAGUAUAAUUUGAUUGAAAUUAAAGUAAAAUUAGGAGUAUCCUCGGUAGCCUGAAGGGUAACCAUUGUAAGAAUAAGAACCGAUGCCACGGUAAGGAUAAUUGCCGUAUCCUGAGCCAAGUCCUGAGUAAUCAUGCAAACCCGGGCGAUUAACGUAGCCAGCACUGUAAUAGCUACCGUAAUUGCCGUCAAGAGAAUUCCAACGAUUGUAGCCACGUCCGUAGAGGCUAUCGUCGUAUCCAAUCCCACCUACGCCAUAACCAUAGCCGCCAACGCCGUUUCCAUAUGUGCUUCCGUAUCCAUAAGAUCCUGACCCUCCAAGACCGUACCCAGAAC